UCUAGCUACUGUUAGUUAUAUUUCACUAACUGCAUAUAUAGCAUUCUGGAAUAUAAAUAUGCUUCACGGAAUUAAACGUGCCGUUGGAGUGCAUAAAGCCUCAAACCAACUUUCCGAUUCCGAAUUUGAUGCCUUAGAAAAAGAUCUAAAGCCCAUGAUAAAACAAGUGGCAAAAGUUCUUAAUGUUCUAGAAGAAAGCGGAAAGGUGUGGGACGAACUUAAAAAAAAUGUAAGCGUGCUUGCUAGCGCUUCCACAAUUUGCCCAUCUGAUUCUUGGGUUAAAGAACUUACUCAGCCGGUUUUUCAAGAAAAUUCGUGGCAGGCGGAUCCUUCCUUUAAGGAUUCAGCGAUUAAGUUUCUUCGGGAUCUGAGAUCUCUCAUGUCUCAUACGGAAGAUGAGAUAGAAAAAAGAAAUAACAUUUUAAAAGAAGUUAAUUACUAUCGAGGCAAAGUCGAUGAGUUAAAGAAGAGUUCCAAGCCAAAAGACCUUGAAAAACUCCCAAAGGCUGAAGAUGAACUGGCAAAGCACGAAACAGACUUUGAGCGGUUGAAUAAUGAGUUAAAGGAUCGCCUUAGCUACAUCUAUGAACUCAAAGAAAUAGCUUUUGGGAAGUGCAUACUUUCAUACUUCGUUUAUCAGCUAUCCGUUAUGGCUUCCUGCCCUUUCCGAGAUUCCGUGCAGAAGUUUUCAAGUCAAACUGAUAAUUCUUGGCCAGAAGUAUUUUCUAAUAAAACUUCAAGACACUCUUCUAUUAAAUCGCGUUCCCUUUCCAGGGAUUCUAGUAAAAAAUACGUCAAAGCUCUACACUCUUUCGAGGCUGAAAGUCCGGAAGAAUUGGGCUUUAAACACGGUGAUGUCAUCGAGGUUAUAAGGGAAAUAGAUGAGAAUUGGAUGGAGGGAACCAUGAAGGGACGUAAAGGCAUUUUUCCCAAAAAUCACGUCGUAUAA